GACUUGGGAAGUAGAAGACGUAGCCCCUCAACUACAGCCCGGAAGCGGGAAGUGCAGGCUGUUACCGGGGUAACCAGGGCUGCUGACUACGGAUGUGCGACUGAUGUCGGGGUGCAGGAGAAGAGGAGGGUGACCCCGAUACUUGCGCAGCCUGAGGACGUGGCACUAUGGGGGCAGAGCAGAGCUCUGAGCCGGACGUCAGGCAUGGGGACGUCAGCUCUUCGGCCAAUCCCUCACCGGCCAAACAGAGAGCCAAAAUGGAUGACAUUGUCGUGGUGGCUUCUGGCACUCAGUCUCACCGCAAUGUGACCAAAGAUCCCGAGGUGAUCAAGCUGCAGGAGAUCCCCACCUUCCAGCCCCUCCUGAAAGGUCUCCUGAGUGGUCAGACUUCCCCCACCAACGUCCGACUGGAGAGACUGGACUCCCCCCAGGUCCUGCAACUGUGUGUCCGAUACCAGGACCACCUGCACCAGUGCGCCGAGGCGGUUGCUUUUGACCAGAAUGCCCUGGUGAAGCGCAUCAAAGAGAUGGACUCCUCAGUGGACACUCUGUACAGCCACAUGCAGGAGCGGCAGAAACGAUUCGCCAAGUACGCAGAGCAGAUCCAGAAGGUGAAUGAGAUGUCGGCAAUCUUAAGGCGCAUUCAGAUGGGCAUCGAUCAGACGGUGCCCCUGAUGGAGAAGCUGAAUGCCAUGCUGCCGGAGAAUGAAAGGCUGGAGCCGUUUUGUAUGAGUCUGGACAGGGAACACAAACCGUGAUAUGCAUUGCCCCCUCAGGGACACUGAGUGACCUGCAGGCAAGAGCGCCAACCCCCUGUGCUGCCUGCAUACUCCAUAUGAAUACUGCCAUUACCAGCUCAUUGCUAUAAAAGCUAUUUAUAUGUGCGGAAGAGUAUAACUACGCCCAUCAUCCUCCCUCUGGGAUCCCGCUGUGAAACUGCUCUAUUAGCAUGGUGUAUAGUGGAGCUGAUGGCAAAGCUGCAGAGCAUCGCAUCAUGUGAAUUGUAAAUAUUGAACUUUGACCCUCACUCAGAACACUGAAUAUAUUAUUAUAUAAC